CUCCAGGUGUGGAGACGGGACGGGGAUGCGGCGGCGGGGCUUGUCCUCUUCCCGCUUUUCUCUCUUGUCUUAAGAUGCUCUCAUUCCCUUCCACUCGGCGGUGGUCACCUUUGGAGGGGAUGGUCGGCUUGGAGGCAACCCAAGCCCUUGGUGGGGCAUGUGGGGCCGCCAUGGUCCCUCGUGGGAGGCGGACUCGAAGGCGGAGCGACGGAGGGACCCGAGUGGGCUGCGGUGGGAGGCUGGCCCUGGCCGGAGAAGAGACUCCCUGGGCAAGGAGAGGGUCAAGGCGCCGGGAGAGCGGCGGGUGCCCAGCGGGGCCUGGGAGUUGGCGCCAGGCGGGGAGAGAGGCUCAGUGGGAGAGAGCAGGAGCCAUGUGCCCUGGCACCUGCGGCAGAGGGCUCCCCACUCCGCUCUGAAGGGGCCAAGGAUGCCCACUCGUCCUCCACUUGGCUCCAGUUGAGGGCUCUGCUUGGUCGGAGAUGGCUUUGCCCUGCUUGGCCUGGCUCUGCUUGGCCGGCUGCCUCCUGCUGCCCCUGGCACACAGCUGUGGCCCUGGGAGGGGUCCCCCGGGCAGGAAGCCUCAUGGGCGCAAGAACCUGAUCCCGCUGCAGUACAAGCAGUUUGUGCCCAGCGUGGCGGAGCAGACCCUGGGGGCCAGCGGGAAGGCCGAGGGCAAGGUGGGCCGACACUCCUCACGCUUCAAGGACCUGGUGCCCAACUACAACCCGGACAUCAUCUUCAAGGACGAGGAGAACACGGGCGCAGACCGGCUCAUGACCGAGCGAUGCAAGGAUCGGGUGAAUGCUUUGGCCAUCGCUGUGAUGAACAUGUGGCCAGGCAUCAGGCUGCGGGUGACUGAAGGCUGGGAUGAAGAUGGGCACCACCUUCCCGAUUCCCUCCACUAUGAGGGGCGUGCGUUGGACAUCACCACCUCUGACCGUGACAGAGAGAAAUACGGCAUGUUGGCCCGCUUGGCUGUAGAGGCUGGCUUCGAUUGGGUUUACUAUGAAUCCAAAGCACACAUUCAUGUGUCAGUGAAAGCAGAUAACUCCAUGGCAAUUCGAGCUGGUGGCUGCUUUCCUGGGGAUGCAGCUGUGACGUUACAGAAUGGUGAGAAGAGAGGCCUCUCCGAACUUCGGCCCGGGGACCACGUGCUGAGUGUCGAUCAGAAUGGGCAGGUGACGCCUAGUGAGGUGUUGCUGUUCCUUGACCGAGACCAGCAUCGGCAGGCCAUGUUUGUGGCCAUUGAGACAGACAGCCCCAUGCACCGGCUGCUCCUCACUCCUUCACAUCUUAUCUUUGCUGCGCAGGAUCCCACCAAUAGCACGGCCGACUUCUCUCCAAUCUUCGCCAGCCGGGUGCGUGUGGGAGACUCGGUGCUGGCAUACCAGGCUGGUAGCCCUCGGCUGCACCCUGCCCAGGUGGUCCAUGUGUGGUGGCAAGAGAGCACUGGGGUGUAUGCCCCUUUGACUUCACACGGCACUAUUCUGGUCAACGGGGUGCUGGCUUCCUGCUAUGCCGUGCUUGAAAGCCACCACUGGGCGCAUCGUGCCUUCACCCCACUGCGGCUCGUUCAUGGCUUGUUCUCACUGCUGCCUCGGAAGGGAGAGGCUAGGAACUGCAGCACCCAGGAGACGGGCAUGCAUUGGUACUCACAGUUUCUGUACCAACUAGCACAGAAUGUACUGGGUCAGGAUACCCUUCAUCCAUAGAGACUUUCCUGGCAAUUUGUUUGUCCUGCAAAUAGAAACUCAUUCAAGCCAUAAGGACAAGGUGUCUGACACCAAUUUGGGCCUGCAUCUUUCUUGGUCUUGGCUAGUAGUGACCUCAUUACCAAUAGCUCCUUGAAAUACAAGGAUUUGUGGCUGCAUGAGAGAAGAGGGAGGUAAACAGAGGGAAUGGCCUGUGUGUCUGGAAGUGGAUGGCACGAACCGAUAUGAAUUGUCCAUGUUAGGCUGUGGAUGGGGGACACUGGGCUAACUUCAGAUGUCUUCAUAGAGUUUUGAGAUACCCAUGGCAUUCUGUGUUCCUCCAAAUUUAGCACAAAAGUCAUAAACCCCACUCUAAUUUUUUGGGAAGUGAGACACUCUCUCCUCUCCCAAAAUUUUCCCCAUUUCCUGCUAUUGUCCUGCGGUCUAUUCAGUAAGCAUCAAUCAUGGCUCUUCCCCACUCCUAAUUCAGCUGCUUAACGUGGACAGCUAGAGGAGAAUCAUUGAGAGACUGAGCAGAAAUAAUAUCUCAUGGACUGAAGCAGCAGAAUUUGGGACAGACAUUUCUCCCAGCCUGGAGAAGUGCAUUGUAGCAUGAACAACAACCAAGGUAUCAUAUUGUCUUUUUUGAAGGCAAUACAAUACCAACAAUGUCCAUGAUGGUGGCAGAGUGGGUGGUUCAUGAAGGACCAAGCAUUAAGCCUGAGACUCAACACAAAACAAGGGUGCUUUGAAAGUGUGCACGGGGUCACUUUAUAACUGGGUAUCCUUUAUUUACCUGAAUUGUACACUGGAUUCACUGGAAGAGGAGAGUGACAAGUAGGGAGGCUUCAGUCUCUCAAGCACAAAGCUGGGACUCCCUUGUGUAUACUGCAAAAGCCUAAUGUUCCUGUGAGGGACAUCUACCUUCUCUUCUCUGCCUCCUAGACUCUGAUCUGCUGCUGGUGAAGGUCAGAUGAAGGCAGUCUGAAUGCUUCAUUAUCAAACUUUAAAAUCCUUGCCACUUUCUUUCAGAGUCUACUGUAACAGGAUUAACUCUUAGCUGCCACUCCAGAGUUUUUAUUUUUAUAUUUAAAUAAUAAUGUGUAAUUUAAGUGUGGUCUACUUCCACCUUUCCCUCAUAAAGGAUAUACAUCUGAUAUUUGUCAAGGAGGGGUAGGAGUAUGCUAUUUUUGUAAGCAGCCUUAACUUUUUAAAUGUGUAAAUAGUAUUUGUGUGUGUGUUUAACCAAAGAGAAUUUCUCUGAAUCUUGUCACAUGAGAGAUUUCUUGUAGUGAGCAUGGUCUACUUACAUAUUUGAAGGAGAGAAGGAUCUUAGAAGAAACACACUUCUCUCAGAAAAUCACUUCUCUGUGUCUUCAACAUUUCCCUUGGAUUGCCUCAUACGAUCCUUUCAGCCUUCAACUCGUUUGUAUAAAGUGCCCAGAAUCCUGACCAUUUGGACAUGACUCGGGCUUAUGGAACUUACAAUACAAAAUAUUUGGGAGGACCUA